CGCAUCGAUCAACAUCGUUCCGCAUUUUACACGUCUCUUAUUUGCCAAAAGUGAGUCCCCUGCGGAUGCAAGUGUCGGGAAUGUCGAAAUAACGAUGUGCGAUCGUCGUGUGAGACGUAUCGGAAUGUAUUGUUCGAAGGCUCCAAGCACGGAGGAGACAAGGUGUGUCGCGAUUCGUCGUCGUCGUCGUGAGCCGGCCAGAAGGUCGGUACGGUCGCGAGUCGCCUCGAGGAGGAUUCCUUCGCGAAGGGAAAGAAACCGGCCGCCUCCUCCUCGCCUCGUGAUCGGAGUCGAGGAGAGAGACUGGAACGGAGCUGGGUUGGAGCGGAGUGUGCUGGUGGUGCCGAGGCUAAUACCUGGCCGCGAACAAGCGAACGAGCCUUUCCUCAGUCUUUCACGUCCCGAGCGACCGGUCGGAUUGCCGAACAGACGCAACACACGCACCGUUCUCGGCGACCGGCGCGAGUUUCGCUCGCACGACGUCGUCCCGCACCGUGCGGAUUUCCGUGCACGCGAGUGUGCGAGCGAGUCGACGACAGGGGACGGAGUGGAAUCGAGACGAUGUGUGCCACGCGAUCCGUCAACAACGCGUAGAGACGUGCAGCCGCCGUCGGUGGGUGCUGGUGGAUUCGCCCUGGUGGACCCGCCCCGAGAGGAGGACGGUAGAAGCGGACGAGGGGCAGGGGAGAAGAGGGAUAUAAUAUGAGGCUCCUCUGCGUGGCGAUUGCCAUCGCGAGUGCAGCGUUUCUCUUGACAAUUGCCGGAGGUGCGCGUGGCGGCGGUCGCAGCAGCAAGGUGUCGAAGCGGGCGAAGCCGCUCGACCCCGCCGAGGACGACUAUUACUACGAUGACGCGGAUCCCGUGGACGAGAGGAACAAUCCGACGAACGAGGCGCCGGCCGUACCGCCCGGAUUCCUGAGCCCGUCUGUGCGAGAGUACCUCGAUCUUGGUAAAUCGAUACCUGGUCGGCCAGGCACGGAUUAUCCGGUGCUGGGUAAGGUGCCCUACACGAAUUUCUACUGCGACGACCAGUCCUUCCCCGGCUUCUUCGCCGACGUGGAGACGAGAUGCCAGGCGUGGCAUUAUUGCGACAUAGACGGCCGACAGGCAACGUUCCUCUGCCCGAACGGCACGCAAUUCAGCCAAGCGGUCUUCGUCUGCGACUGGUGGUUCAACGUGAGGUGCGAGCUCAGCCCGAAGCUCUACGCCAUCAACAGUCGACUUUACGGUACGCCCACCGAGAGCCCGACCAGACCUCACCGGCUGAUCACGAAGGAGCUUCUCGAGAACAUCUUCGUGCGUAGGAAAUGAAGGGGGCGGCGGGACGGCACGCGAUACAUCGUACCGGGACAAAGAGAGAAGAAAACGGGAGAGAGAAAAGAAGAGGUGGCGACAGGUCGCCCGAGGUGGAGGAUGCGGGGAGAAUCGCGAAGAGCGCCAACGGACAAUGGCGUGCGCCAAAAAAUACCCUCCGGACGCACGUACAUACCUACGCGCGGCAGUCUUUCCUUCCUUCGGCGAGUCGCCACGGGUCGUAUUCCUCUCCCGAGAGUCUCCCAGGCUUCAGGACGCAAUCGCGAUCACUUAAUUAUUCCAUCAGCGACUGAUGGAAUAAUGAGACUGGCGUUGCGACUUGUCCUGUCGCGGAACUUCCAAAGGAUACGCGGAGACACGCAGAGGGGGAGAAAGAGAAUACCCGACGAUCACCCCUCGCGAGCGGGAAACGACCGGUGGCGAAAUUGUCCGGCGAACGCGAUCGACGGCUGCUGCGCGAAUACCGGAGGGUCGAGUGGCGAACAUCGCCGAUACAUCGCGACGAGUCACUCCUGGAGAGCGUACUCGAGUCGCUGAAGAAUCGCGGAGGACGGGAGAUUACCCGGCGGAUAAAUCUUUGUCCAAUGAAUAUCGAAGCGCGAUCACGCCGAGGACGAGAGAGAGAACGUUCGCUCGAGAGCGAGGAGGACUGCGAUUCGACUGGAUGAGCACCGCUGCGUCAAUAAAAGAGGAAACGGAGUGGUGGGGCGCGACUUCCUCCAUCUCUCCCCGUCAGCGAUCGUCCUACCCCUUCUGGCGCGGAAAUGCGACCAUCGUCCUGCAGCCUGGAUGCGGUUCUUAAUCGUUGAUGAGAUCGCGUUCGAAGCGAGGCAGCCGAGGAUCCGUCCGGAGAGAAUAAGAAGCUCCGGAAGCUGAUCGUUACGGCGGAAGUGUGAGCCAUCGGCUCGAGCAAUACGUGCCGCACAUCUGUGCGAGAGUCGACCGAGUGGCUCCUUGAUCGAUCAUCAAAUCCGGAUGGUCGGCCGACGCUUCGAACGUCGUGGUGACUUCCGUUCAGACCAUUCUACAAUUGCGUAAGCGUGGUCGUGAGUGCUUGUAAGUGAUUACGAAAAGCAAUAGGAAUAAAACAAUCAGCGAAUAAAACGACCGGUUGGCUCUUACGUUCACGAUCACGCUUACGCAAUUGUAGAAUGGCCGACUUAUGUGCUCUCGGCCUCUUCGGCGACUCCGAGCGCGCAGAGUCUUAUGUUUAUCGAUCGAUCGGCCAAUUGGCGAAAGUAUCGUGGCGCAAAAAUGAUCUUGAUCGUGAGCAAAUAUUCGCAGCGCGAAAUUCACAAUGAGGAGAGGUGAAAUCCUGUCAUACGAUCGAGCGAUGUCGUAUUCAUGCCGCUUGAAAAUUUAAACAUUUGCUCGCGGCGUAUUCGUCCCUAAAGAAAUUAAUGCGUUGCCGCGAAGCGUAACGAUGCAGAUUGCAAAAGCUCUAAAGACCAAGUUACAGAUCUAUCAAAUUUCUCCCGGCCGUUUCUCCGUGGCCGGCAAAUCGGGAGAUACAAAAAGAUACUGCAGGACAUGUGAAGAACGAAACAACGGCUGUGCAGAGCAAUCGUUCGAACGGAAUCGUCCUCGCGACAAUAACGCGCGUCGUCGCCGACCGAGCCGCGUCGAAGGGGUGAAAAAAUCGGCGCGUUUCGCGCGCGCGUCCGCAUUGGCGGGUGCGAAAGUCGAUGCCUCCGGAAAUCAAUACCCGAUAAUACGAUUGUAAACGCGUGAUGUCCGAGCGAAGUACGACAGCAGCGGGCUCGCCGAGCAAUUAGUAAUAGCAUGUCGUCCGAUCGCGAUAUUGUUGCGGCGUCGCGCGCUGAAAAGUGACCGUCACACGCGACGAGUACUCGCCACACACACACGCCAAUAAAUGAAUAUAUAUGCGCGACCACACGCAUCGCAAAUUGCGCAUCAAGAUCGCAACCGGGCGGCCAUGAUUUUUCACAGCCAGAAGCAGGAAAGGAGGGAUAAAGGGAAGGACAAGAAGCAGCGAACAACGACAUUAUCCUCGAUCGCGUCGCGAGUUUGUUGUAUUAGUUAGUUAAUUGUUGAGAAAAACUGUGAAAAAAAAGAAAGAAUGAGAGAGAGAGAGAGAGAACUUACAAGAGAAAAAAAUAUCUAAAAAAUAAAAAAAUAUUCAUGCACUAAUAACAUAUUUCCAUUUAAAUUCUUUUUUUUAGGA